UUUUCUCAAAUAAAAAAUCCCCCAAUCGACAUUCAUCAUUUAUCGGACAAGUGUGUUCGAAAACAUAUAUUUGUCAAGAGGGGAAGUGAUUCCCUGAUUACCGCGAUAGUUUUUAUGGUGGAAGAGCCAUCUUGACGAGGAUCGGCUUGCUCGUGGACGGUGGACGGACUGUAGAAAUUCAUAGUCGUGUGUUGCUGCAGCGGCGGCAAUGGCAUCCCGAUUAAAAUCAUCGAAUUUAACCUCGGAUUACAGAUUCUAUUAAAACAUCGUGCGCUCAAACAACGCCGUUCAAUAGGCCCGAAAGACCCACGCUUUACAACCGGAAAAUAAUCGUCCGCAAGAAGAUUCAAAGACACUAGUCGCAGCAAGAUGGAGGGAGGUGAUGGCCCUGCAGCCAUAAACAAAAAUCCUGCUGCGAUCAAAGUGGCGCAAGAGGAAAUGGGAAAGCUCGACGUACUAGUCUGCGGUCAAUGUCAUUCUGUGUUUCACUUUAUCGAAGAAUUCCAGGAGCAUCGCACUACCGAAGGGGCAUGCUCCAAAGUGUCACAUUUUCGUGAAAAUAGUAACAAUGAACAAAAGGCACAAGUAUGGGCAUUCCUCCUUUGGAAGGAUUCACAAAUACAGCAGGAAGGCACCGACAGGGAUGCGGCCAAUUCAUGGAAAUUGUAUCAGAAAUGGUGUAAAAUGGAUACUCACAUUAGAGAUUCUUGGAUCGCAGCUGGAAAAACUAUCCAAACAUUUACGAAAAUCAGCAAUGCUAAAAUGCAAGAAGUAUCCGUGCGUCAACAGACUACUGUUAAUCCUGAAGGAGUAAAGCGAAUGAUAGUUCGCAAAGUAAUUCGGAAUGGGCAACCUGACGAAGUGGCAGAGUCUAAGAAGGAAGUUGCCAAACCAAUUGAGACAAAAACUUUGGUGAAGGUUUCUGAACAGAUUGUGGGUGAGCAAGAGAAGAAAGAGGUACCUCAGUUAAAGCCGUCAAUAAAGCGUAAGAUGAAACCUGCUAAGCUGCCUGGUGAAGAGGAUGGCGAUUCAAGCGAUGAAGAAUAUGUCGUUGAAAGAAUUUUGGCCAAACGAUUUAAUCCAAAGAAAAAAUGCUUCGAAUAUUUGCUGAAAUGGGAAGGAUUUCCACAUAGUGAGCAAACCACGUGGGAACCAGCGGAGAAUAUGGAAGCAUGUAAACAUCUUCUUGAUGAGUUUGAGCGAAGUCUCGCCAAGCAGAAAGAACUCAAAGCAGCACAGCAGCAAGCGGCUGCGCUAAAGUCAGCCGCAGCUCGACCUUCCCUGCCUGCACAAAAACCAACUCCUAAGCCCGAAUCUGGCAAACCUGGGCCGAGUAGUGCUGCUCAAGCAACGAGACCUAUGCGAUCUAGUAAGUCCAAGGCUAUGAACCAAGUCAGACAGUGGUGCGGUUCGAUGAAAGAUGAAGAGAGCGAACUGCUAGGAAAGAGGCGCAAUACAUUUUCGGAUAGCGAUUCAGAAGAAGCUAGCAGCGCUAAUGCAAAACGAAUGAAAACUGAUACCGGUAGUGACGAUGAUUGGUCAGGAGACUCUGAAGAUGAAUCGAUGGGCCGUAGUGACGUUAUACAGCGAGCGUUCAAUCGAGCAACUGCACAAUCAAAUGGAUCAAAUCGUGCAGUUGUCUCAGGAACUGAUCUUGCAACUUCUUUAGGCCUACAGUCACCAGAGGCACCAAAAUCUGGUCAAACUCCAGUCCUAGUAGCCAGUGCUAAAGGCGUCGUUAAAGUUGACCCGAAACAAAUGCCAAACCUAACAUCUGGAGUCUAUGUAAUGUCAAGGAAAGAUGGUAUAAUAAAACUGGAUUCAUCACCAAGUGGUAAGCUUGGCGUUAAAGGAUCCCCGACUACACAAGGUGUCCUAAUGGUACAAAAUCGCGACGCUUCUGGCGUGGUCCGUAAACAAGUUCUUUCUGCUGGACAACCUACUUCCACUAUAACGCCAGUGAAAGUUGUCUCAAAGCCCGAUGGUAGCCAAGUCGUAACUCAAAUGAAGAUAGUAUCUAAAGGAUCUUCUCCAAAGGCCGUAAAUACAAUGGUACAGAAACAAGAGCCUAUCAAGAUUCAACCAAAGCCUGAGGUCAACCAACUACAACAAAUCCAUGUUGUUACCGCUGUGCCAAACCUACCAACAAUGGGAUUGCAGCCCAGAAUGAGUGCUGGAAUACGAGGCAACCUAGGAACCGCACAGCGUGGCGUUAACCGCCCAUUGCUAGCCAGAACACCACUUCGAGGUACGACACCUACUAGUAUAUUGGGAUCUACACUUCGUACUCCAGUCAGAGCUCCAGCACCCAAGCAAUUACAGGGACAGCAAAGUAGACAAAUCCUUCAGAAGCGUCCCUCCACUGGAGCCGUGCAAAGCCCUACAUCCGCAAGUAGUCCUAGUCCUGGUAUGACGCAAGUAAAGCCGAAGUACACUGUACUUAGCGCCCAACCAAAACAGAUGCAGAAAACUGUAGGCAGUCCUCAAGCUAAACAAGGACCAAGGCCUCAGCUUGCUAAACAACAGUCCCUGCUUUCACCUCAGCAAAAAUUAUUGAUGGCUAAGAAGAAAGCACAGGAAGCAGCUGGAGUGCACAAACCUGUUCGUGGUCUCUUGGCCGGUGCCCGCGGAACUCCAGGACGUGGAAGAGGCAAAACUGGUGAAGCAGCGUCCGUAACGCCUGGUGCCAACAAACCGAAAGAAAGUAAGCUCGCCGACGGGGAUGGUUUGCAUAUGGAAUUUCACGAAGUUGGUUCUGAAGAGAGUAGCAGUGACGGUGAGCCCGAACCUUCUCUUGAUUCAGGGCCAAUUCCUCCCAUUGAACCCGAUAGCCCGCCCCGUCCCUUCACACUCUGUCCUCUGACAGGUCGCAUCGUGGGUCCGGAUGGAGAGCCGGUGGAACAGCCUGCCGAACAAACACCUGAGCCUACCCCAGCUGCAACUCCGCAAACUACAAGUGGUACCGUUGCUGUCGCUGCUGUUGCUACUAGUGAUGCGGUUGUUACAACCAGCACAACCACCACCACAACUGCUGUUGUUGCAGACGCUAAAAGCGACAUAGUCGAUACGACUACUACAACAACAACCACAACUACAGCAAGUGCUGAACUGGUUUUACCGUCGCUAGAUUCUCUUACCGAAGGAACUGGCAUUAUGAGGGUAGAGAUGAGCCCAGGUGGAACGACGGGCACUAUUGUCCAGACUAGCGAAGCAACGCAAAUUAACUUAUCGGACGUAGCUGUUGCUGCAACUGCUGCUCCAGACCUUCCUUGUCUGGAUGACAGUGCUCCGCCCGCUGUAACGGCAAUGACUACCUCUGCGUCAACUUCGCUGACAGAAUCAACGUCAGUAACCGAAAUUCCGGCUGUUACGUCAUUGACUACAACUCCAACUACCACAGCUGCUGUAAUUUCUACGAUGGCUAUAACUUCACCUGCAGCUACAGUGUCGACUUCUGUUACUGCUUCUCCGGUUUCGACUGAUGAAAAGACUGACACCAAAGUUGACGAUGAUAAAAAGGUCGCUGAGGAUACCUCUGGUUUGGUAACUAUAACCAGUGAAGAUGGUGUGGUUUAUCAAGUGACUAGUCAAGGUGAAGACGGUCAAACCUUACUGGUUACGCAAGGUGCUGAUGGUGAACAGCAGUGUGUCUAUGUCACGACUGAGCAACAAGGUGAUGAUGGUUCCGUGUUGACAUUAGACCACGCAGUGGCUGAGGCUGUUGCCCAACUAAUGCCGGAUCAAGUGAAUCUCACCCCUCAGUUCUACGUCAAAGAAGGAGAUGCUGAAUCCUCUGAUAGUCAAAUGGUAAUGUCUAUUAUGGAUAAUAAUGGCACAGCUGUUCCAGCAGGGCAGGAAGAUGCUGAUGGGCAAGCUCAGGUUGUUGCACAAGUCGUACAAGCUGAUGAACCUACACCAGGUGGCACUCGCCGAGUGGUACUAUUAUUGCCGGAUGGACAUUUAAUGAUGACUGAAGUAGAUGAAGAGCAGUAUGCAGCUUUAGAACUGGACAAGUGAAUGGAAUUUCGUACAUUGACAUAAGUGAAGAGUUGAAGAAUUUUAAACCCAGUACAGUGUUAUGCCUUGGAAUCUGUGUUAACAAAAGGGUAACAUGCAAGGGUUGUACAUAUGUAGAAAUACGUUCACUUCGUAUGGUAAAAAUAUGAUAGACAUUUCGGUUGACCAGACAGGUAUAAUAAUGAUUGUGUGGUUGGAGUUUUGUAAAAACAAGUAUCAAAUAAGACAAUCUAGGCUUAUAGAUUUAAUUGAUAUUAUGUUUUAGAAGUUCAUGUCUCAAUGUGUAACGGUACUUGCUCACUCUUGAGUUUCUAUGUCUUUUAUGUAUAAACAUACAGCCGCAUCUACCGUCGAGCAAAUAACAUUUUAAAAUUAAUAUUAUUAUUAUCGCUAUAUCCAUAGAUUUGCGAAGCAUUGUAUUUUUAGAUUAGUAAAGUAUACACUAGGAUUUUAUAUUAAUCAUAUUGAACAUCGUUUGAAAAUUAUUUUCCUAGAUGGAUAAUUAAUUUGAGUAUAUUUAGUAAACAUGUAAAUAACGCAGCAGCACAUUCGGUUGUAUAUUUUGUACUGGAUGAAAACCGGUACAAAAAAUGUGGUGUAGUGACAUCAAAAUGGUAUGAAACCAAUUUUCAACUGUACCUAUGUACUAGUCCCGUACGCCUAAACUUGAUUUAACUGAGAACAUGUAAUAUUUUAGACUUUCCUUUCAUUGAUAUUUUUUUCUUUCCAUUUUCAUUUUGUGAGCAAGAACAUCAUUGGUGCACAUGUAUACAGAUUUCCUUCCUUUCUCGUGGCUUUUUCGGCUAUUUAAUAAUCAUUUACAACACAUAUCCUGCUUUACAUGGUCAGAAACGCACAGUUAGUUUCCUAUUCGAAAUGUUCUUGACAACAGAAUCGAACAGCUUACCCAUUUUACUUAACCGGAAAAAUUUCAUCUCAUUACUUAUUCGGUAUCCCUUACUUGUCCACCUUGUCCACCUUGUCCACUUCUGUAAAUUCUCUGCCGUUACUUGUAUACGUUCUCUGACAUAUUUUGAGCAAAUACAAACUGUGUCGAACAUAUAAGUUACACAUAUAUUAAUUUUAAAUACUGCUGUAUUAAUGAUAAAGGUUUUUGUCAUGUCUAUACAAAUAGGUGCUUAUGCGCAGGUUUGAGGAUCGGGCCCAUUUUUUAAUGUGGUCAACAUGAUAAAGUUGGAGUUAUUGGUAUUUUGAUAUGUGCGCAUAAGUCAUGGUCACAUCCAGUUCUGUCUCAUGCAGUUAAAUUUGGAUUAAGCGUACAGUAACCAGUUUUUCAUCUAAUUGAUUGAUUGCAAAUAUGCGAUAAAAUAUUAAUAGUAACUACGGUAUUUACGUACAUAUGUACGGAUUGUGUGGAUGCAGGAAGAUUGCAAGUUUCCAUGAAAUGUAAGAUCCUAGUAUUUUACUUACAUGACUUCUGUACAUAAUAUUAUCAUAAUACAUCUUUAUAUAGCAAUUGUUUUUUUUUUGAAAUAAACAAUAUCUACAAAAUUAA